AUGCUUGACGCGUUCAAGUAUGAAAGUGACAUUGAUAAGACUCUGAAGAAUCUCCUUAAAAAUCAGGCUGAGAAUUGGUGUGACAAAGGUGAGAAUCAAGAGAGUAUUUUUAAGUUGUUGCACUUCGAUAUCAAGCGUUUGGAUCUGUUUGAACUGCCGAUAAAGUCGUGGCUAACGUUUUUAGAGGAAUCCAGUCAGCGUUACCCAGACUUGAUGCAUUAUUCGAUCGGGUCUCUCAAGAAAGUUUACACUGAACAAGAGCUGGCGACGUUCAUAACAAAAGGAUUACAGAACCCCGAAACAGAGUUAGUCGCGACGAAUCUGAAGCACGACCUAUUUCAACAUUGGUUCAAUGAUCUGAAGAAACCGUCAGAAAUCGCUAAAUAUUUCGGGAAAGAAAAUCCACUACUGUCUGACUACUCCGCCUUUCACGAAAAUAUAGGCUAUUCCAGUGCAGUCCGGCCUAUUCAUACCAUGUUCUGGCCUUCUUCUCAGUUCUCAGACAGUAAACUCAUGAAUCCUUGGAUUUGUUCGCGCUUCUUUGCGCUCGCUUUGAUUGGAGUGACGUGA